AUGUUAUACACCUUCUGCAACUACGUGAUCGUGGCCUUGGUGGCCGGGCUUGGAGUUGCGAUUCUGCAGUACCUAAUAGGAAGGAAGAGGCAAAAAGACCUGCCUCCAGGUCCCAUUGGCUUCCCCCUUCUCGGCUACCUUCCCUUCGUGCUUAAACACUGGGAUGUCGAAGCACUCCGGAAGAAGUACGACUCCGCACCGUGGCCCCAUGUGGAAGAGCCCCCACUUGACAGCCCAGUGGUUGCCAUGGAGAAAGAGAUCCGCGAUACUGAAUGCGGCCAAGGCCUAAUUACGCUCAACGGACCCGUGUGGAAGGAGCAACGGCGUUUCCUUCUGAGCACGCUGAAGCAGCUUGGAGCUGGCACGCCGGCAAUGGAGACUCGGAUACAGCAAGAGCUGUCGUACCUCCUGCACGAGCUGCAAGUAUGCGACGGGAAGCCCACUGUUCCUGCCGACCUGCUCACUACCAGCGUCUCAAACAUAAUGACCGAGCUAUUGAUGGCCACGCGGUUCGGGCACAAGCACCCCAAGCGUGCCCACAUCGACGAACUGGUGGACGCUAUCUUAGUGCUGUCCGUCCAGGUGACGGCCGUCAACUUGUUGCCAUGGCUGCGCAGAUUCAUCUGCUGCUUCAUGCUGGGAAGAUACGGGAAGUUGAAGCAAGUCUUCAUCAACAGGAGCCGCUUCAGCGAAUCGGGAGUAUCCAACUCGGAGAAAACGUACGAGGACGGCCUGGUGCCCAACUUCACAGACGCGUACAUCGCCGAGAUGAAACGGCAGGGAGAGGGAAACAGGCUAUUCACACGUGAACUGCUAAUAGGCAACGUCGCGUCGUACUUCGGUGGAGGCAGCGCGACGAUGCGUUCCGCACUGGAGUGGCUUUUGCUCAUGUCUGCCGCGAAGCCGGACCUCCAGGGUCUCGUCCAGGCCGAGAUCGACGCCGUGAUCGAGCGGAAGGAGCCGAGUGGAAGCAAUCGAGUCUUGUGGACGGACCGGGCCCGCAUGCACUACACGCAAGCGUUCCUGUGGGAGGUGAUGCGCUUCAAGCCCGUCAACCCACUCAGCCUGAUGAGGAGGUGAGCUCUCCGCGUCCACAGUGAAUCGCGCUUUCAGAGAAAAAAAAAGAAACUCCGGCAGAACUCGUCUCAAGGUGACUGUCAACACCUUAAUGCGAUUAUAGCAUUGGAGCAGUGUAUUGCAAACACAGUAUUGCCAACGUCGAAACCAGUCGUGUUUGAGACGUGUGGCGCAGCAGAGCUCCUCUUUCGCGCUUGUUACU